CGCCCAGGGUCUCUGGGCGGGCAAUAUAGCAGCUCCUCCAAGGCGACAGAGGCAGCUUAGCGGGCGGGAGCGGACUCCAAAGCACCCAAGCAGCUGACAUCCAGGAGACUCGGAGCGGGCUGAGCACCAUGACCAGCAUUUGCGAUGUAAUCGUGGUAGGGGGCGGCAUCUCAGGUAUGUCAGCAGCCAAACUUCUGCAUGACUCUGGCCUGAAUGUGGUUGUUUUGGAAGCCCGUGACCGUGUAGGAGGGAGGACUUACACCAUUAGGAACCAAAAAGUUAAAUAUGUGGAUCUUGGAGGAUCUUAUGUUGGGCCAACACAGAAUCGUAUUUUAAGAUUAGCCAAAGAAUUAGGAUUGGAGACCUACAAAAUAAAUGAAGAACAGCGACUGAUACACCAUGUAAAGGGAAAAUCUUACCCUUUCAGGGGCCCAUUUCCGCCUAUGUGGAAUCCAAUUACUAUUCUGGAUUAUAACAACCUCUGGAGGACAAUGGAUGACAUGGGACAAGAGAUACCAAGUGAAGCCCCAUGGAAGGCACCCCUUGCAGAAGAGUGGGACCGCAUGACCAUGAAACAGUUACUGGACAAAAUCUGCUGGACUAAAGCUGCGAAGAGAUUUGCUACUCUCUUUGUGAACUUGUGUGUCACAGCUGAGACCCAUGAGAUCUCUGCUCUCUGGUUCCUAUGGUAUGUGAAGUUGUGUGGUGGUACAACAAGGAUCAUCUCCACAACCAAUGGAGGACAGGAGAGGAAAUUUGUUGGUGGAUCUGGUCAAGUGAGCGAGCGGAUAAUGGAGCUCCUUGGAGAUCAAGUUAAACUGGAGAGGCCUGUGAUUCACAUUGAUCAAACAGGAAAAACCAUCGUUGUAGAGACCCUAAACCAUGAAAUUUAUGAGGCUAAGUAUGUUAUUAGCGCUGUUCCUCCUACUCUGGGCAUGAAGAUUCAUUUCAAUCCCCCUCUGCCAAUGAUGAGAAACCAGCUGAUUUCUCGUGUCCCUUUGGGUACAGUCAUCAAGUGCAUGGUUUAUUACAAAGAGCCUUUUUGGAGGAAAAAGGAUUUUUGUGGAACCAUGAUUAUUGAAGAUGAGGAAUCUCCAAUUCCCUAUACUUUGGAUGAUACCAAACCUGAUGGCACCUAUCCUGCCAUAAUGGGAUUUAUCAUUGCCAACAAAGCCAGAAAACUGGCACGUCUCACCAAAGAAGAAAGGUUGAAGAAACUUUGUGAGAUCUAUGCAAAAGUUCUGGGCUCCCCAGAAGCCUUGCAGCCAGUGCACUAUGAAGAAAAGAACUGGUGUGAGGAGCAGUAUUCAGGAGGCUGCUACACGAGCUACUUCCCCCCAGGGAUUAUGACUCAGUAUGGAAGAGUUCUUCGCCAGCCAGUGGGCAGGAUUUAUUUUGCAGGCACUGAGACUGCCACACAUUGGAGUGGCUACAUGGAGGGAGCUGUGCAGGCUGGGGAAAGAGCGGCUCGAGAGAUUUUGCAUGCCAUUGGGAAGAUCCCAGAGGAUGAAAUCUGGCAGUCAGAACCAGAGUCUGUGGAUGUUCCUGCAAGACCUACUACUAUGACCUUCCUGGAGAGACAUUUGCCCUCUGUGCCAGGCCUGCUGAGACUGAUUGGAUUCACCACCAUCAUUUCAGCAUCUGUUCUGGGAUUCCUGACCCACAAAAGGGGACUGCUUUUGAGGAUCUAAAAAAAGUCAUAUGUAACUAUAGCCUCUUCAUUUUCCAUGUUAUGGGAAAGUGUUUAAAUAAAAA